CUCCCGCUUCAGUGCAGACGCCCAGCAGCCGGCGCGCCGCCGACCAGCCACCCCCAGCACCUUCUCCCGAGCGGUGCGCUCCUGCCCCACUCACGCUGCCCUCGGACCCGGGCCCGUCUGGCCGCCCUCAGCACCCUCCCCGCGUCGGGCCAACGCCCAGGAGAGACACCCUCAGCCCAGGCCACAGAAGCUGGUCGGUCGGUGGCCCACCCUCCUCGGCCCGCAAGGACUGGGGCGCCUUCAUGCGGCCCCCACAUCCCUCACCUUGCACCCCCGAGCCCCGCGCGCUGUGCCCCAGCCCCAGCAAGGCGCACAACUUUGGAAGUCCCGCGGCGCUCCGAGAGGCUGCAGAGUCUGCACCCUGGCCCCAAACCGGGCCCCGCUGGCACCGCCGCGUCCGGGCGGAGGGAGACAGUCGGCAGUCGCUGCUGCGAUGUGAAGACAGACACACGUAGGACCCCAAGCCCGCACCAGCAACCCUCGGCCGCCUCCGGGGUGGGGGCGGGCCCCGCACACGGUAAGACCUCUCGCUUUCGUGCAGGCGCGAGCCAAGAUUUAUUUAGAUCAAUAGUAAAAGCAUUUUUUGAUCGUCCUUCCAAGUCGCCAGAUUACCGACGAUUUUUGUUCUCUUUCCUUGAAGACUACAUCUCUUUACCCAUCGGCUCCACCUACUCUCUCCCGCCGCUUAGAAAUAAAACUUGCUGUGUCUGGCAGCGACAAGGCGUCCACCCCGAGCGCCCGAGGCGCGGGCCGGACGCAGUUCGUGGGAGCCGGGCCCAUGGGCCGCUAGCCGCCCCGCAGCUCGGGCCCGGCUUCCCUGGGGCCCCCUCCUCAUGUGAGGCGCGGCGGGGCGAGCCGGGCGCGGGAGGAAGAGGAGGACCCAAGGGCGCCGGCCCGGAAGGCAGCUGGCAGCAGGCCCAGCAGCUAGCACCCGCGUUCAUGUUCCGCCAGGAGCAGCCGCUGGCCGAGGGCAGCUUCGCGCCCAUGGGCUCCCUGCAGCCAGACGCGGGCAACGCGAGCUGGAACGCGACCGAGGCGCCCGGGGGCGGCGCUCAGGCCACCCCCUACUCCCUGCAGGUGACGCUGACGCUGGUGUGUCUAGCCGUCCUGCUCAUGCUGCUCACCGUGUUUGGCAACGUGCUUGUCAUUAUUGCGGUGUUCACCAGCCGCGCGCUUAAGGCGCCCCAGAACCUGUUCCUGGUGUCUCUGGCCUCAGCCGACAUACUGGUGGCGACGCUUGUCAUCCCGUUCUCGCUGGUCAACGAGGUCAUGGGCUACUGGUACUUUGGCAAAGCCUGGUGUGAGAUCUACCUGGCGCUCGACGUGUUCUUCUGCACCUCGUCCAUCGUGCACCUGUGUGCCAUCAGCCUGGAUCGCUACUGGUCCAUCACACAGGCCAUCGAGUACAACCUGAAGCGCACGCCCCGCCGAAUCAAGGCCAUCAUCGUCACCGUGUGGGUCAUCUCGGCUGUCAUCUCCUUGCCGCCGCUCAUCACCAUCGAGAAGGGCGGUGGCGGCGGCCAGCAGCCGGCUGAGCGUCGCUGUGAGAUCAACGACCAGAAGUGGUACGUCAUCUCGUCGUGCAUCGGCUCCUUCUUCGCGCCCUGCCUCAUCAUGAUCCUGGUCUACGUGCGCAUCUACCAGAUCGCCAAGCGCCGAACCCGCGUGCCUCACAGCCGCAGGGGCCCCGACGCCGCCGGGCCGCCGGGGGGAGCCGAGCGGAGGCGGCAGAACCGCGAGAAGCGCUUCACGUUCGUGCUGGCCGUGGUCAUCGGCGUGUUCGUGGUGUGCUGGUUCCCCUUUUUCUUCACCUACUCGCUCACCGCGUUCGGCUGUUCCGUGCCGCGUAUGCUCUUCAAAUUCUUCUUCUGGUUCGGCUACUGCAACAGCUCGCUGAACCCCGUCAUCUACACCAUCUUCAACCACGACUUCCGCCGCGCCUUCAAGAAGAUCCUCUGCCGCGGAGACAGGAAGCGCAUCGUGUGAGCGUGGCCGCGCCAGAACGGAGACUGGAUGCAGCCGCAGGCCGGGCUGAUGGCGGGGCGCGCCCCUGCGCCCCACACACACUGCAGCGCGUCCUGCGAAACUCGCUUCCCCUGGCCCCAGAGUUUGCUCUGAGGCUUCUGGCCAGCACUUGCUCUUCUUGACGGGAAAAGUACUGUCUGGGAGCGCCACGUGCCCCCCAAAGGUUGGCAGGGCUUCUAUGGACCCAGAUCACUCCUCUUGGGUUCUCAGCCCCACUCAUCAGUAUUGUUCCCCAACGGUAUUUUCACAACCCCCUGGGCGCUGCAGCUCUCCCAGGGUUCCUCGCAAGCACAGGCUUCCCAAAGGUCACAGCUCACAAAGGGUCAAUGGACAGGGCUUACCCGGACCUGGCUAAUUGCCCCCUGCUCCCUCCUGGCUCUAUUUUUAAACAAAGGCUGGGCUGCCCCGCCUGCCCUCAGCAUCCCCCACUGUAAAUAUACACUAUUUUUGAUAGUGAGGGGAGGGGGUCCCCCCAACCUCGCUUGGCUUUGUUGUUGAAAUCCUGGCUGUCCAGAUGUCCUGGAGACAGACACUUAGUUCUGCUUCAGGCCACUGCCCCUUUGCCUUGCAAAACCACGUUCUGAUGUCUUUACCUCUCUCUGUCCUUUCACCAGCAACUGGUGACUGUCCCUGGGGCCUAGACCUGCUUUGAGAUUUCCUGAGGGGGGAAGGAUUUCUACCCAUUUUCCCCCUCCCCCCACCCCUGUGCCUAACAGCACAAGCGAUUGCCUUUUCCUAUGUAAAUAUUACAGCGGUGGACCAAGACAGAAGUAAAUGAACCUUUCCGCCUUGCAUCAGCCUUGUGUACAGAGCCAUUAUCCUGGUGCCCCUUCGUCCCAGUAACUGACUUAAAAACCAUCUCUUUCCCAUGUUCUCCCCCUGUGUCCAGGGCCCCUGCUUGAAGGUUAUGUUUUGUUUCUACUUGGUAUGUACGCGGCCCCUCCCUCCCCAAAGUGCUGACUAGGGGAAAACUUUGAACUGCUGGGUUUAGACCUGGGCAGUGGAAAUUAAGUGGAAGAAGCAAAGCUGAUACAAUUUGCCCAAGGUAAACAGCCUGAAAAGACAAACGAGCUUGUCAAGCUGAAGUUUCUGCUCCCAGAGUGUUUAGGUGUCAGAGUGUUGCCCUUUUUUUCUCCCUGCUUUUCUGGUUGAGGUUGUGCCACUGAUGGACUCCUGUUGGGAGGGGAGGAGGGCGGAGACCUUGUGUUUACAUCUGAGUUUCUACAUGGUUUAGACUGAGACUCUUGAGGCCUGCGAGGCCUGCACUCUUCUAUCACUAAAGAAAAACUAAUGUCAGCACAUGUUGCUAAUGACAGUGGAUUUUUAAAAUAAAACGUUUACAGAUCAAAUGUGAAAUAAAUAUGA